AUGGAUAAUACAAAUAUUAGAUCGUCUAUAUCUACCAACAACGACGAAUCAAAUACGAAUGAUAAUGAAUUAACCUCACGUAAAGAUGAUAAAAAACUUGCCGACCAAUUAUCGGUUAACUCUGAAAUAUCAAAAGAAACGAUAGAAGAUCCGAAUGACCCAAAAUGUUGGCCGAGAAAAAAGAAAAAUUUUAUUUUAUUUAUUACUUCUUUAGCUGGAAUGGUUGCACCACUUUCAAGCACAAUAUUUUAUCCGUCAAUUAUAAUUAUUGAAAACGAUUUUAAAACUAGCGGAGUGCUAGCUAAUGGAAUAAGAACUGUAAUAUGUGGUUUAUCAAAUAGCAUUUGGUUAUUGUUAGCGAUGCGAUUAGUUCAAGCUUGUGGUGCUUCUGCAGUUCUGAGUAUUGGUGCCGGAACAAUAAGUGAUGUUUUUCAUUCACUUGAACGAGGACGAGCGUAUGGAAUAUUUUAUCUUGGACCUUUGGUUGGACCAGUUAUAGGACCAGUGAUCGGGGGAUAUGUAACAGAUUAUUUAGGAUGGAGAUGGAUUUUAUGGAUUCUUGCGGUUAUUGGAGGUUUAAUAUUAAUAUUAAUUUUCUUUACAUUUCCUGAAACAUAUUUACCUCCAACAAAUCUACCGAACCCUAAUAAUACAACUUCAAAUUCACAACGUCGUAAAAGAUUUGAUCCUACAUCACCAUUACGUUUAUUAAAAUAUCCCAAUAUGUCACUUGUAAUAGUAUACAUAAGUAUUACGUUUGCAGUAAUUUAUUUACAAAAUACAUUAGUUGGGCCAAGUUUCGCAAAUAUAUAUCAUGUUUCAGCAUCAACAGUUGGAUUAAUUUUUCUGGCUCCGGGUACUGGAUAUAUGAUUGGAAGUGUCAUAGGAGGAAAAUGGUCAGAUUAUGUUCUUAUUGAAGCUAAAAAAAGAAACAAUGGUGUUGGAUAUCCUGAAAUGAGACUUCAUAGUGUUUGGAUUGGUUGUUUUUUUAUUUCGGUUUCUUAUAUAUGUUAUGGGUGGUUUCUUGAAGCUAGAUUACAUAUAGCUUUACCAAUUAUCGCUAUGUUCACUGGAGGAUUUAGUCUUGUAACAGUGUAUAAUUCAGUUUCAACAUAUUUGGUCGAUGCUUUUCCGGGUAGAAGUGCAUCAGCAAUUGCAAUUAAUAACCUUACGAGAUCGCUCGCAGCCGCAUUAUUUACUUUUGUAUCUGUGCCUUUUGAAAAAGCUGUUGGUAUCGGUUCGAUUUAUACCAUCAUGAUUUGCAUUUCAUUUAUUGGUGUGUUUUGUUUAUUUGUUGUUAGUUACAAAGGAAAAUAUUGGAGAGAAAAGAUCAAUUCCGGGAUUGAUGAGUAA